GUCAUCUGGGGAAAACGUGAGCUUGGCAAAGCGUUUUUGUAAGCGUCUAAAAAUGAGCUUUUCUCUCUCGUCUGUUGCAGGAAAAACAUCCAAAUCUUUCCUUGCAAGUUGAUCGUACACUCGGAGCCAGUCGUGGUGCCACGGAGCCCAAACUCUGAGCCAUUUGACAGCGGACAAGUGCUGGGAGAAGACACAGCACCAUGACGACGCUGUUGGACCUAAAGAGUAGCGUCCUGCGCCAGGUGCAGAGGAGCCAGUCUCUGAGGAGCCGCAGGGAGCCGCCGCCCACCGCCGGAAGCCCCCUCACCCACUGCCCCGAGCCCUUAGCCCGCAGGUUCUCCGAGGAGAGCAUGGAGUUCUUUGAGCGUAUGAGCACCAUUCUGCAGAAACAGGACAACAUGCUGCAGGCCGCCCAGGCCGAGAGCCAAAGAGGAGCCUGCACGGUGCCUCCACCACAGGAGCAUGUGGACCAGGCUUUUAUCCCAGACAGAAUCAGCAGGACGGAGCUGGACCUGCUGUAUGAGGAGGCUGUGUACACUGUGGUAAACCGAGUGGGUGUGCCUUCUCCAGAACAUGUGACCAGCGAUGAGGAUUUGUUUGCAUACCUUCUCAAGGUGUUUGAUAUGGGCGAGGAGGAGCACGACAUCAUACUUCAGAAAGUGCAGGAAUCCAAGAGAGCCACCUUCUCUUUGAGAGUCUCCGUCCUUAAAGCCAAGAAUCUCCUGGCAAAGGACGCCAACGGCUAUAGCGACCCCUACUGCAUGCUGGGCAUCCUGGUGGGCCAGAGCCCCCGGGACCCCGAGGAGAAGAAGGAGAGGAAGUUCAGCUUCAGGAAGAGGAAGGACAAGCUGGAGAAACGCUCCAGCACCAAGGAGGCACUGCCAGCCAGGUGCAUCCAGGUGACCGAGGUCAAGCCGGAGACUCUCAACCCGGUCUGGGACGAACACUUUGUCUUUGAAGUGGAUGACGUGCAUAGUGACCUACUGCACUUGGACAUUUGGGAUCACGACGACGACGUUUCGGUGGCUGAGGCCUGCAAAAAGCUCAACGAAGUCAGCGGUCUUCGAGGAAUGGGAAGGUAUUUUAAGCAGAUAGCAAAGUCAGUGCGUGCCAACGGCUCGUCCUCGUCCGGCUCCGAGGAGAACGCCGAUGACUUCCUGGGAUGCAUCAACAUUUUUCUGAAUGAGAUCCCCGUCGGCGGCUUCGACACCUGGUUCAAGCUGGAGCCUCGGUCCAGCGCGUCCAAAGUGCAAGGAGAAUGCCACCUGAUACUGAAGGUGUUCACCAGCCAGAGAGACACGGCGCUGUCUAAGAGAGAAUCCAACGUGUCCAUCCACAAAAAACUGCUGAGUCAGAUUGUUGAGCACGAGCACGCUCAUGUCAAGCGUGAACCGUACAACUGGAACGGGCAGGUUAGCCCCCCGGCGUGGACGGUACUGACUCACCAUGCCGUGCAGACGGACCUCACCCGUCUCCAACAGGCCAUCAUUCGCUGGCAGUGCUACAGCGGCCACCAUCGAACGCAGCGUGUGUGCUACUCCCUGCUGCUGCGCCUCCUGAGGGCCAUCGAUGCAGAGUGGGACCCUCCCUCUGUGAGAGGAGACCUGCCAAAAACGUCUCACAGCGUAACGCGGGACGCUUCCUGUGUCCAGGAGAGGCAGCUGUCGGACAGUUUCAGGCUGUACACGGAGCACUGCCUGUGCCUGAUGAAGAACAUGAGGCAGGUUUUUCCGUGCACCAGCGCCGCCGCUGUCACGCGCUACGAGCUCAUGCUGAGGGGGAUUGGCUACAUGCAGAACAUGCGGGCAUUUAAGACCGUUUGUCCUCUGCGGAACGAGCUGCACUUGGACAUCACCUCCGCUGUGAAGAAAGGAACCUCUGAGUGGUACGAGAGCCUCGUCGCGCAACACAAACCAGAGGACGGGUCUCUGGAGGAGCAGCUGAAGAAGCUGGUUCUGGUGGUGGACGCCGUGUGCACAGAUGUGCAGAGAGCUCAGAACAUCUACAACAAACUCUUCUACGGUGCAGUCAAAGUGGAUUUCUUCAGCGUUUCCUACAGGCAGCUGGAGAAACUGGUGGCAGAUGAUGUCAAUGUGGCCAUGGAGAGGCUUUGCGGCACCCUGGAGCAGGAGAGUUCCAGACUGAGCCAGACCAUGGGCGAGACCGUCUUUGAGCUCUUCAUGUCCUUGAAAAGCCUCAAGAGCUUCCAGGAGUUUCUUCCUCUCAAAGAUGCAAAGAUGUUAGCCUUAACGGGCUUCCACAACUGGUUCAAGUCGUCCAUUCACAAGUUCCUGCAGAUCGUCCAUGACAGGUCAUGCGACAGGAUCUGCAAAGCGGUGGAAAGCGACAAGAUAGAGGCGGUGCACCAGGUCAGACACAGCUCCUCGGCUCUGGAGGUGACGUCCUGCUUCAGACAGGUCAGAGACAUCUGGCUCCAGCUGGCCUGGCCGGACUCUGCGGGCGCCUUCAUCUUCGUCACUCGCUUGACCGACAAUUUUUGCAGCGAGGCCGUGUGCUACUCAGAGAUGCUGACACGCAAGAUUGAGAGGAACCAGCUGGGCCGAGACCACAAGAGCUUCAUAGUGCAGCUCUGCGUCGCCCUGAACAACGUGGAGCACGUGCGGGUCUUCCUGGGUCACCUGCCCCGCGACCUGGACUGGUCGGGUGUGGAGCGCGCCAUGGAGGAGUCGUGUGGGGCCGAGGGCAAGGAGCAAGUCUACAAGGCCCUCAACGGGCAGCUCUUCAACAUGGACCUGGACCUGCAGAGGGAGGCCAAGCGCCUCAUCGCGCUGCUCACUGACAAGAUGCUGCCUGAGCUGAGACGCUACAUCCAACACAUCAGCUUGUCUCCUGACUCCAUCAACAAUGAUGACGCUGUGGCCCCCCUCAUGAAGUACCUACAGGACACGGUGGUCGUCCUCACUGACACGCUGGUGAAAGACAACCUGGCUCGAGUUCUGCAGAGCCUGUGGGAGUUGCUGCUGCGCAUGAUCUUGGACUCGGUGACUGAAAACAGGGGCGUUCAGGUGGAGUUUUACAACCGCUUCCAGUACACAGUGGAGACCUUGUUGCAGUUCCUCCAUGACAAAGGAAACGGUUUAUCCCUGGAAGACAUGAAGAGUGGAGACUACAAGGCCCUGGAGGAGGAGCUGAAGCUGAACAAAUGUUCCUCCUUCGAGCUGAUCGAACAAUACUACCUGGAGAAGAUUUCCCUGCAGAAAACCCUCAAACACACGCGCUUUGGUCGCAUAAGCGUCAAGUGCUACUACGACGCUCCCGAGCAGAGGCUGACGGUGGAGAUCCUGCACGCCGCCGACAUCAUGGCGCUGGAUGCUAACGGCCUGAGCGACCCAUUUGUGAUCGUGGAGCUGUGUCCCCACCACCUCUUCCCGCUGGCCAAGAGUCAACGCACGCAAGUGAAGCUGAAGACGCUCCACCCCGUCUUUGACGAGCUCUUCUACUUCCACGUGAGUCCCGAGCAGUACCGACACAGAUUCGCCUGUUUGACCUUCACUGUGAUGGACUACGAUUGGCUCUCCACCAACGACUUCGCCGGUGAGGCCGUGGCCCCCCUCAGCGACUUCUGCUGGCCGGGGAGGCCCAACGCCACGGCGGCCGGAAAGAGCGUGCAGCCCUUCAUCCUCCACUUGUCUCGCAGCAAACCCAGCGAGAAACCCAUCAUGGGGCUGCUGGACGCUCGUGUCGGCGACAGGGAGGCUCAGGAGUUUGUCCGCAGGCUGAAGGAGAUUGAGAAGUCCAUGGAGGAGGAGUGAGCGCCCCGCCGGCCGCCAUGUAUCGAUAUUCUCUGACUGCGUGUUGCCACCUGUGCUCUUGUACCGGUACCAUGUUUACAAUUUUUAUUUUCGUUAUUUUUUCUUUUAGAUGAUCUUCAUUGUUUGUUAAUACCAAAAUGGCAAGUUAAGAGGAAGCCAAGAGCGUCCCGUCACUGUGCAGCCCUCCAGUCUAUUUUAGUAAUAGUCUACUCUUCUAUACUGUAUGUGACUAGUCUAUUUUUUGUAACGUUAUCUUUGGCGUAUAUUUGAUAUGAUAAGAGUUCCCGACUAUUUUGUGGAAGUAGCAAUCAGUCAGAGUCUCCAAUCUUUACCUCAGUGUGUUUGUGUGAGGCCAAGGUGGCUUCAACGGUCACGUUUACAUCACUUUGAAAAGAACAGGAUCAGCGUUUGGUUCGUGGGAGGGGCACACCGCUCGCCCCAGCUCAGGUCGCUAAACUAUCAUUAGAAAGAUGUGGAAAGACCAAAUCUUACAUCGCCAUCGUGCAUUUGUAGCUAUUAUAUUAGUGUUUCAUUUAUUGAUUAAUUAGCGUUUCAUUUGCAUUGUAAAAAUGUCAUAAAUUACUUAAUGAACAGUCAAUUAGCGAACAUUAUUCAUUAAUUAAUUAAACAUUUAUUAUAAAAAACACUUAAUAUAGUCAUUUUUAUUUAUUUAAAGCAGGGGUGUCCGAACUUUAUCCACCGAGGGCCGCAUACAGAAAAAUCGAAGCGGGGGAGGGGCGCACUUUGAUAUUUUUAUAUAUUUUUAAAUUUACUAAAAAGGUUUAAAAAAAAAUUUACAUACAUUUAACAUCAAAGCUUUGUGUUAUUAAUUAUUAGUAUCAACACGUCAGCUUUUAUUCUUUACAUUGUGCCAUUUUGCAGUAUUUUUCCCACUUUUGUAGGGUUUUUUUUUAGUAUUAAAUUUAAUUUUUUACAACUUGUUGCGGGCUAAUAAUAGUGAACGUGUCACCGGCCGCGAAUGGCCCCCGGGCUGCCCUUUGGACACCCCUGAUUUAAAAUAAGUAUAAUUAUUAAAAAUGCAACAUUUAAGUAAAAAGUGUCAACAGCUAAUGAUUGCUUAUAGAGUACUGAAUUUAAAAAAAAAUUAUUAAAAAUGACACAGCUGUUUAUCAUGACAAUUUAGUAGGCUCCAUUUUGAAAAAUGGAUGUAUUUAUGAGAAUUAUUAUUCUAAAAUUAUACAAAUAAUAUGAAUACAUUUUACAUUGUAUUAGAUAAUUAACUAAAUCUUGAUUUAUUUAUUAUUACAUUGAAAUGACGAUCAAAUGAAUUGUUUUUGUAGCAUUAAUAUUUUUUCAGUGUAGCACGAUCGCCAUCUUUGUGGAAUGACUUGACCUUAUAUAUUAUAUUUUAUUUGAUUUUAUUAUUUUUAAAGCCCAGUUUUAACAUGAUUCUUAAACUUUGGUGCAAUUUCCUCCUACAUUGCUGUAAAGUAUCGCAGCUCCAGCAUUUAAAACCCACCCGCGUGUACCAUAAACCAACUUCUAUAAAAUAACUCUCAUCAUUUACGUUUAUUUUUAACACUUUUACUUGAACUUUAAAGAUUGGCGAUAUACUGUAUACUGUCACACGUUGCUUGUUUAUAUUUUGUGAUUAUGCAAACUGGACAUUUGUCACAUGUAAAAGUAUGACAAAGAUAUUUAUUCAUGGUGUAUUUUUAGUGUGCAGUGUGUGUUGAAAUGAUGAAUCGUCGCUUACGUGAAAAACGGUAACAAAUACACCCUGAAUGACACACAAGUCAUAGUUGUUUAGCAAGCGCAGCUAAUGAGCUCAUGUAGCAUUCAGAAUGAAACUACAAGCAAUGAGAGUUUAAAUAUGUCAGCCCGCGGCUUAAUUUGAUAAGAAAACGGAACAGUAUCAGAACCGAUGUUGUAAUAGUGCGUAUGUGCAAACUGCUCAAUCAGCAUGAAUAACACUGUCAUGGUAUUUAUAAUGCAGCUACUGCCAUUUUGUGGAGUUAAUUCAAAAAACGACAUCAUGAGGUUGCCUACAGCCACAGCUGUUAGCGCCAAUGUUUUUUCACACUUAUUAGAGACCCUGGCGGCUAUUAGCGUUUGCAGACCAUGCACCCGGUGACUAUAAAUAGAGACUGUGGUUAAUUGAAUAGAGGCAUUAUGGAGCAUUUACGGUAGCGUUUAUUUAGUAGGAUUUCACACACAAAAAAAAGUAGCCAGUCAGUGAUUAGUCCAACACUGUGAAAUAUUUACCGGAUUUGUGAAAAUGUUUUGUUUGAUUUGAAAGAUUGUUGAUUUUACUAUUGUCUGACGAACCCUACGAAUGUUGACCUGAUGUCGUUAUUAUGGCAGAAGGUAGCCUUUUCGGCUGGGCGUUCAAAAAAUAAUAAAAUAAUGCUAAAUAAUAAUAAAAUAAGAAACAAAAAAUAAUAACAUGAUAUUUAACAGCAUUUAAUACAAAGCAUUUCAUUUUAUUUGUAGGAUUUCCCACUAAAAUCAUUGUGACAUUUUGUGCAUGAAACCGAAUCUAAAGCAUUAUUUUUUACACAUUAAUCUUGACGAUGCAGAUUGACACAUGGAAAAAAAAAAACAUGUAGGGACGCUCCGAUCAGGAUUUUAUGCUGAUCAUCCAGGACUGGAUUAAUUAUACAUUUUUCAAUCCAUUUUAUGAUGAGUACGAUUGGCUGUAUAAAGGGGAAAAGUCAGGACAAUUCCAAGGGGGGCCAGGGGGCCCAAAAAAAUAGGUAAUUAGUAAUUCCAUCCAUCCAUUUUCUAUACCGCUUCUCCUCAUUAGGGUCGCGGGUAUACGUCACACAUACGUGCGGGUGUUAGCCACAUGGCUGCGUUAGCUGCCGUAUGACUGAUGACCAAUCACACCAUUUUGUUUUGAAGGAAAGUGGGAGGACGCUGCCCAAGACGUUAGUUUGGGCAAGACACUACACUGUAAGAAAGGGUCGUAUAUUACUUUGGAAAUAGUCCAUUAUUGAAAGAAAGUGAAAGUGUUCUUCAGGUUGUUGGGGUUUUUUUUUAUUUCCUACUAAAAUAAUUUUGUGCAAACUCCACCGGGCAUGUAGACAUUGUAAAACAUGCAUAGAAACGCAAUGUACUGUAUAUGGAAUGUGAACAUUUACAAUGUCCAGUAGAUUGAAAAUAAAACACUUGGCAUUAAAAGCAUUUGCAAGACAAGGGGAUGUGCAAUGAUGAUGAACAGGCGAAAAAAAAGUGUAGCAGGUGAAGGUUAAAAAUGGAACUAACGACAGCAUUAGAUGGUGAUGUAACAUUUGCAGUCGUGUUGUGUAGUUUGUCUGUGGGGGGAACCUUUUUAGUCCAUUUGGGUUGAACACAGCACCAGUUAUUUGUUGGAAUGGAAACAAGUUGCACACGAUGCCCGGCUCGGUUUUAUCGGUAAUGGUGAAAUGUACCUGGAAGAGUAAAAAAAACAACAAAAAAAAGUGUUGUGUUUAUUGUUGCAGUGAAUUUUCUGUGCUUGGAAGUGUACACGCCUGUGUUGCUGUUUAAUUAUUACAUCAUGACUGGGAUCUGUCUGGCCUUGGAAUAAAGUGUUUACAUUUCAAUGAGAAUAAAAACAUUAUACGUUGCAGCAUGCACUGU